GCGCCAACCGUCCUGGUGGUCGUGGGCUGCGUGAGGCUACACGCAUGAAUACUAUACGAAAUCAAGCUGACAGUGAAGAAUUCAAACUCAGCGACCUCUGUGGGUGUCAGUUGAACCUGUCCUCUUAAACGCAAAAGACAUUUGCUUUGGCCACAAUCGCGUAGGAUACCCAUUCACUAACUUGUACUCUCUCCUAGCAGCUCCACGUUGCAGUGAUGGCAGACGGCGCGGCUUCUUCUUCUAUGGAAGUCGAUGGCCUUGACCUCUUGGUUACGUCCACCACACAUGCGGAAACCACCGUCGUAGUAUCAGAGACAGACAACCUACCUUCCAGUACACGCUUUGCUGCAUACAAUGUCGGAUACGUGUAUGAUCCGCGCAUGAUGCUACAUAGCUGCUCUACUGGUCAUCAGGAAGACCCAGACCGAAUCUCUAGAAUUUUUGAUACGCUCAAAGCUGGGGGAUGCAUUGCUCAGAUGGUACCAAUUCCAAUCAGGGAGAUCCGGCGUGAAGAGGUUCUCCUCGUUCAUAGCGAAAGUCUCUGGGACAAGGUGAUGGCUAUCAGUUCCAUGACCGAACAAGACAUCGCAGAUUCAACAGCCUACUACGAUGAGCUUUCACUCUACGCUCAUCCUAGUACACCUCUAUGUGCUCGUCUGAGUUGUGGUGGGGUAGUGGAGGCCGCCCUUGCCGUUGCCCGGGGACAAGUGAAACGAUCUUUUGCUAUUGUGCGGCCACCUGGUCAUCAUGCAGAACCAGACGAACAUAUGGGUUUCUGCUUCUUCAACAACGUUGCCGUUGCUGUAAAAGUUGUUCAGCUACUGACACCAAUCCGCAAGAUACUGAUUCUAGACUGGGAUAUACAUCACGGUAAUGGAACCCAGCGUGCCUUUUAUGACGACCCUUCUGUUCUAUAUAUAUCCCUGCACCGUUAUGACGGAGGGCAGUUCUAUCCAAACGGUCCGUUCGGAAGCAUGGUAUCUUGUGGGGAGGGACCAGGUCUUGGCUAUUCCGUCAAUAUACCCUGGCCGCAAAAUCAUAUGGGAGAUGCGGACUAUAUCUACGCAUUCCAACACGUCAUAAUGCCCAUCGCAAUGGAAUUUACUCCGCAACUCGUAAUCAUCUCUUCUGGGUUCGACGCCGCUAAGGGAGAUGAGCUGGGGGAAUGCGAUGUUACACCGGCCGGCUACUCUCAUAUGACGCAUAUGUUGACUAGUUUGGCUAACGGAAGAGUGGUGGUUGCUCUCGAGGGCGGAUAUGACCUUGAGGCGAUUUCAAAUUCUGCAUUGGCAGUAACACAAACUAUUCUUGGAGAAGCACCUCAGCAAUUGGAUCCAAUGGUUGUUUCUGAGGUUGCAGCAGAAACGAUCUGGCAGGUCGCACUAGAACAAAGCAAACAUUGGAAGAACAUCAACCCCAAAGCUUGCGAUCCAUUACAACCUGAGGACGACAGUGUUACUUUCUCAAUUCCAGAACUGCUCAAAGCCCACAGACAAGAUUAUCUCUAUCGACAGCACGAGAUGCUCCAGGUUCCCUUCGCACCUGAAGCGUUGGAUGAACGGUUCUCCGCCCAGGCGGCAUGCACCGCGGAUGUUAUGGACAACCAGACUUUGGUUGUUUUCAUUCACGAACUAGGCAAUCUUCGCGUAGAGUUGGACUCCGUCAUGGAGUGUAACGUGCAAAUGGAACAUUCCUACAUGAUCGACAUGUCUAAGGACCUCAUCGGCUGGGUGAAGGAUUCUGGAUAUGCAUUGCUUGACAUCAAUGUCUUGCCGAAACCUUUCGCGACUAAGAAAUUAGCACGCGGAUCAGGAAACUAUCCGGGAGAGCUUAUGACGUAUAUUUGGGACAACUAUAUUGAGAUGGUCAGUGCCCGCCGAGUCGUCCUUAUUGGUCAUGGACCGGGCUGCGAGGCUCUUAUGUAUCUCAUAUCUCAUCGCACCGUCGCCGUUAUGCGGAUGGUGACAGCCGUUGUUCAAGUCGUUGGGCAUUCCAACUUACCUGCAACCCCUCGUGAUGCAGGAGACAUCAUGACUUGGUACCACAAGCGUUCACUCGCCAUCCUCCCUGCCAACCAUCGCGUAUUCACAAGCGGCAAAGUGCUAAAACGGCAUGGAAACGUCUUACGUAUGGAUGAGACAAAGCCAAUCAGAAUAUUGCACACCGCCCUACCGACUAUCUACGAGUUCAUACAAGCCAUGUUGGACAAGUCAUCCCCUCAGAACGGUACAAGAGACUCAUGACAUCCGUGACCAACAGUUUUGAAGCAGGUUAUCGAAUCCAGUGUCUCCAUCUACACAGUAGUCCAGAUGGUAUAUAUGUUGCCCCUUUGGUUAUCAGAGGUUUCUUC